AUGCACAUUGGUGGAAAACAAGAAGAUGUGAAGUUGAUGCAUGACAUGGGCCUGGAUGCCUACAGAUUCUCUAUCUCCUGGAGCAGAGUCAUUCCUAAUGGUAGAGGGCCAGUUAAUCCAGAAGGGGUGCAGUAUUAUAAUAACUUGAUCAAUGAACUCAAGAAAUAUGGAAUUGAACCUCAUGUCACUCUUCUUCACUUUGACCUCCCCCAAUCUUUGGAAGAUGAAUAUUCUGGACUCUUGAGCCCAAAGAUUGUAGAGGACUUCACUGCUUAUGCUGAUGUGUGCUUUAGAGAGUUUGGGGAUAGAGUGAAAUACUGGAUCACUGUCAAUGAGCCAAACAUUGAACCCAUCCUUGGCCAUGAUCUGGGAAUAUUUCCACCAAAUCACUGCUCUUCCUCCUUGACCUCUUCCCUUGGCCUCAAUUGCAGCAAAGGGAAUUCAUCUGUUGAACCAUAUGUAGCUGGUCAUAACCUUUUGCUUUCCCAUGCAUCAGCAGUCUCCCUAUACGGAAAGAAAUAUCAGGUUUCAGCAUUAGUUUCUCUUUUAAUUGAAUGA